UGUCAGACAGUGCCUGAAGUGUCCAGCUGGGUAUUUCUGCCCUAAUGGGACAAAUUACCCAAAUCCAUGUCCCUCAGGAACCUACAAUCCUCUUCUGGGACAAGAUGAAUUUUCAGACUGCAGAACCUGUCCUGCUGGGAGAGCUUGCACCCAAGCUGGCUUGGCUAAACCAGAUUCAGAGUGCAUGCCAGGGUAUGUUUGCCCAGUUGGCUCCUCCAGUCCCCAUGCACCCAGCAAUGCUUGCCCUCCAGGGACAUUCAGCAACCACUCUGACCUGUUUGAUAAAUCUCAGUGUGAAACCUGCCCAGAGAGAUUUGUUUGUACAAGAGGCUCUGGAGGGAAGCAAAAGCCACCAGCUCCAUGCCCAGCUGGUCACUAUUGCCCACCAGGAACCAAGCACCCAACGCAGUACAAGUGUGCAGCUGGAACAUGGAGCAACAUGACGGGACUAGCAACAGAAAACGAGUGUGUCUUGUGUCCUUCAGGUUGGUUCUGCAUGGCAGGUGCUCAUGCCCCUUCAGGAAGCUGCAGUGCAGGUCAUUUCUGCCCAGAAGGUACUCAGACAAGCACUCAGUUUCCGUGCCCAGCAGGAACCUAUAGUACCAGGCUUGGGAACAGUCAAAGAGAUGAUUGUGUGCCCUGCCCUGGCGGAGCCUACUGCCCAGAAGGAACUGCGAAGCCAACUCUCUGCCCACCGGGAAAGUAUUAUUCAGAGCAAGGGGCCAAAACAGUGGGUGACUGCCUCCUGUGCCCUGGAGGGUAUCAUUGUCCUAAUGUGGGCACCAUCAUUCCUCAUGCCUGUGGUGCUGGCAAAUUUUCAGAUCAUGGAUCCACCUCCUGCUCACCCUGCCUUGUUGGACAUUACUGUGCUGAGAGGAAUACCAGCAGGGAAGCUAUGUUGCUUACAAUGAUGUGCCCAGCAGGUUUGCUUUGCCCCAAAGGCCUGGCAGCUGCUCCAAAUGCCAGUGGCCAUGCUUGCCCAAGAGGUUACUAUUGCCCACAAGGUGAUGUUACUUCACAGGCUAAGCCAUGCCCAAAUGGGACUUACGGUGGUCAGAGAGGACUGGGUAGAGCUGACCAAUGCUUGCUAUGCCCAAUGGGCAUGUAUUGCUACAGAGAAGGGAGAGAACCUCAAGGGAUAUCUCAGCCAACUGGAGAUUGCCCUGCUGGAUAUGCUUGCCCUCCAGGGACUGGUUUCCCCUACUCUUUCCCAUGUCUGCCUGGCACCUACUGGGAUAAUUCCUCUAUGGAUGGAGGAGAGGUGUGCAAAUCAUGUCCAGCUGGAUUCUACUGUGAUUCUAUGGCUAUGAUCCAGCCCAAAAUAUGCCCACUGGCAUCCUAUUGUGCUGGUGGCAGCUCCCAACCUGAGCCAUGUCCAGAGGGUACCUAUGGCAACAAGAAGGGCUUGACAGGUCUUCAAGAGUGCAGUCCAUGCAGAUCAGGCUUCUACUGUGCGGCUCAUGGGCAGAAAGCCCCAAGUGGCCGUUGUGAGGCUGGUUUCUACUGCUGGAGCAGAGCUGUGUCACCACUGCCCACAGAUGGAGUGACUGGGAAUAUUUGCCCACCUGGAGCAUACUGCCCUCUUGGAUCAUCUGUACCCAUCCUGUGCCCUCCGGGAACUUACAGCAAUACUAGUGGACUGAAAAACCUGGAUCAAUGUUUGGACUGUCCCCCUGGGUUUUACUGUGAUGGGACCAAUACCCAAGCUCCCAAUGGACGUUGCAAACCUGGCUACUUCUGUACUGGAGCUGCCAAAACAGCCACCCAGAUGAUGGCAAAGGAAGGGCAUUAUACACUAGAAGGGGCUAUCCAACCUGAACCCUGCCCACCAGGGAGUUUCCAGCCCAGUCUGGCCCAAUCUGCCUGCAGGGAAUGUCCAGCGGGGAUGUUCUGCAGCCAGACUGGCACGGUGGAACCAUUGACUUGUCCCAAAGGACAUUAUUGUCCAGCCCAGAGUACUCUGCCUCUUCUUUGCCCAGUGGGGACUUAUUCUGACAUCUUAGGUGGCACUGGAAUUGCUAUUUGCAAAUUAUGUCCAGCAGGCAUGUACUGCAGCAAGUCAGGACUCAUGGCACCCGAAGGACCUUGCCAACCAGGGUAUUACUGCCUCCAGGGCUCGAGUAGUGCCUCCCCAGCUGGUCUCCCAUUUGGUGGUCCUUGUCCUGCAGGGCACUACUGCCCAGCUGGCACAAAGCAAUCCAGGGAGAAGCCCUGUCCAGUCGGGACAUGGAAUGAGCAGAAAGGAGGCCAGGAUUCCAGUUGGUGCUUACCUUGUCCACCUGGAUUCUUCUGCAGCAGCCCAGGCCGUGUUUCUCCAACGGGACCCUGUGCUCCAGGCUUUUACUGCAGGGGUGGGACACGAACAGCGAAGCCAGUGGACCGGGCAACCGGAGAACUGUGCCCUGAAGGUCAUUUCUGCCCUGUAGGUUCAGCAGUGCCAUCGCCAUGCCGAGAUGGGGAGUACACUGCAAUAACAGGUCGGGACGAAUGUUUCCCCUGCCCAGCUGGCCUUUACUGUAAACAUGGUGUAAGAUACCACUGUCCAGCUGGAUUUUACUGCCCACCAAAGACAGGAGUUUCCAUCCCUCCCUGCCCUCCUGGAACGUACAAUCCAUCCUCUGGCACUGACCGAGUUGAGAGAUGUCUACUGUGCCCUGCGGGGAUGUUCUGCGGCGAAUGGGGAUUGUCAUCUCCCACUGGCCCCUGCCUCCCAGGAUUCUUCUGCAGUACAGGCUCCAGUGUCCCAAACCCUGAUGGAUCCAUCAACACAAGUGAUGGUGGUCCUUGCCCUCCAGGACACUUUUGCCCAACUGGCACUAGAAUCCCUCUGCCUUGCCCAGCAGGAACCUUCUCAGACAGACUAUAUCUCUCCCUUGAGACAAGCUGCAUUGCAUGUCCACCUGGUCAUUACUGCCUCUCCGCUGGUCUCACGGCUCCUUCCGGACCCUGUUCUGCUGGCUACUACUGCUUACCUGGGGCUACCUCACCUUCCCCUACAGAACAUGGGGGGCCUUGCCCCAUGGGCCACUUUUGUCCAGAGGGGACCAGUCACCCACUUCCCUGCCCCGUGGGAACCUAUAACAACCUCACGAGGCAACCUGCUUGCUUCCCAUGUGCAGCUGGUUACUACUGCCCUGAAAACACCACAGACUACAGUGGGUUUGCAUGCCCACCUGGCUUCUACUGUCCUGAAGGAACUAGGUUUGCAACUGAGUUUCCCUGCCCAAGGGGUUAUUACAACCCAGAUCCUAUGACCCAGAGCCUGGAUAGCUGUCUACCCUGCCUCCCAGGACACUACUGUGGAAAGGAAAACUUAACAACCGUGUCAGGGAAGUGUGAUGCAGGCUGGUUCUGUAUCUCUGCUGCCUGGACCCCACAGCCCUUUGAUCUGGACAACUACACAAAUGGCAACUGUCUUUGCCCAGCCACAGCCACUGGAGCGAAAUGUUCCCCUGGGUCUUAUUGCCCGGAAGGCAGCCCUGAGCCCAUUCUCUGUCCUCCGGGGUUUUACUGCAAUGCACCAGGUCUGUCUGCUCCAAGUGGGGAAUGCGCUUCUGGAUUUUAUUGUACAGGUGGAUCAUCUGCUCCCAAGCCAACUGAUGGAGUUACGGGCAACAUCUGUCCUCAAGGGACUUACUGCUCUGUGGGGUCUCCAUCACCGACUUCAUGUCCAACUGGCACCUUCUCAAACUUGUUAGGGAGAAGUAUGGUUUCAGACUGCCAGCUCUGUCCCUCUGGGUUUUACUGUGAAGGAUCGGGAUUGAAAGCCCCCACUGGAGAAUGCUGGGAAGGCUAUUACUGUGAGAACCAGCAAGGACCCAUCAGUGACUUCACCCUCUAUCCUUGCCCACAGGGUUAUUACUGCCCACCGGGCACACAAAGGUCUACACAAUACAGCUGCCCCUCGGGGACAUUUGGACCCAAGCAGAGGCUAAAGGACAUCCAGGAAUGUCAACUCUGCCCAUCAGGAAAAUUUUGUUCAUCUCCUGGUUUGGCAGCUCCAACAGGGGACUGCUCUGCUGGGUAUUGGUGCAAGAGAGCUGCUCAGAUUCAAAAUCCAACAGAUGGUGUGUCUGGACGUCUUUGCCCUCCUGGACACUACUGUCUUUCAGGAACUCUCACUCCAUCUGCCUGCCCACGUGGAACUUGGUCUGGUAAUGAAGGGAAUCAAAACCUCCAGAAUUGCCAGCCCUGUCCUGGAGGACAUUAUUGCAAUGGUACUGGUCUUGCAGGCCCGUCAGGAUUCUGUGCAGCAGGGUUUUAUUGCAUUGCAGGAGCUAUCACUUCUACUCCCACAGAUGGAAUUUCAGGUGCUCCAUGUCCUGUGGGCCAUUUCUGUCCCUUUGGUAGUGAUCGGCCCACUCCCUGCCCCCUUGGUUUCUACAUGGCUGAGACACAUGGAGAAGAAUGGUGUCACACCUGUCCAGAGGGGAAGUAUUGUAUCCCUGGCCACUUGCCACAGCUGUGUCCCAAAGGCUUUUACUGCCCUGAAGGAACAGGCUUAAACUGGGAGCCUUGCCCCCCUGGAACUUAUGGUCCUAACCAAGGGGUCUCUCAUCAAACUGAAUGCAGAACAUGUGAUGGAGGGAGGUUCUGUAUGCAUCACAAUGCAACUGAUGUCACAGGACCAUGUUGGGAAGGGUAUUACUGCACCCAAGGAGCAGAUCAACCUAAUCCUGACACCCACCUUAAUGGUGAUGCUGGUCCAUGUCCUUUUGGCCACUACUGUCCAAGAGGUACAGCUAUUCCACAGCGGUGCCCGGUAGGAACAUUUGGUGCUAGGACCAAGCUUAGCUCUAAGGAUGAGUGCACCCAUUGCCUCCCCGGUCACUACUGUGACACUCCUGGCUUGACAACUGUGAGGGGACCUUGUGAAGAAGGCUUCUACUGCACCCUGGGCUCCAUGGUUCCUGAUCCACCAAUUCUGGACCAUAGUGGAGGCCCAUGUCCUACAGGUUAUUUUUGUCCCCAAGGCACAGCUGUUCCACUGGCAUGCCCGCCUGGGCAAUACAAUCCUUUGCCAAGGCAAGGCAGCUGCCUCACCUGCCCUUCUGGGCCAUUACUGUGCCCUGCCAGGUCACCCUCAUGUCACAGGCCCUUGUUCAGCUGGAUACUAUUGCACCACAGGAUCAUCCACCCCAACGCCUACAGAUGAACCAGUUGGAAAUGUAUGCCCCAAAGGCCAUUAUUGCUCACAAGGGUCUGCUAUGCCCCAGCCUUGUCCCCGUGGUUUCUAC